AUGGAUCAUAGACAACAAGCAGCAGACUCCCUAGAGCAAGCAGUGGCCAGCAAAAACACGGAAUGAGCAACCGCUUUAAUCGAUUAUAUAAUCAGUAACAGAAUACAAGUAAAAAUAAGCCCUUUAAAGUUCCAGUGCUCGUCCCACAUUUUUAUGUUUCCAGGCAUGCCAUCAUUUUUUCUCGAAAACCCUAACAAUUACCAUGUUCCUUACCACUGCGCAAAUUCUCAUAAAAUUUGCAAUGAUUGCUUAAUCAAUUUCAUAACUUGACAAUUUGGGAUGUCUGGGUUGGGAAAAUAUUAUGAAUGCCCUGCAUGCGCUGGGCAUAGAAUUCCAGGCUCGAUUCUCUAUCACCCAGACUUAGAAGAAAAAAAAGUAGCUAGUUACGUUGGGGAAGAUGCAGUAAAUGCAGAUAAAUGAAGUCGAGCUACGCACGCUCAGUGUAAUAAUUUUUGCAAUAAUAUAAGCAGUCAGGCUUAUUCUGUUUGUGCUGAUAAUCAUAUUUUCUGUGAAGUUUGCAUACAAAAUGCAAUUGAAGCGGCGAAAUUCUCGUUAAAGUGUCCUAAUAAAAACUGCAAGAGGAUAAUGGCAAGUUGAAUUGCAGAGCAAGCUUGUUUCGAAAAGAAAGAUUUAUUGAAGAAAAUUUGGGAGGAUUUAAAAAUUGAAGGAUUUUUGUUUAAUUUGUGCCCAAACUGUGACGCGAGAAUAAAAACACCGACAGCUAGUGCUGAGAUUAAAUGUACAGAAUGCGGGAAAAAAUAUUGCAUUGACUGUUUAGAAGAGUCGCAUAUUGGGAUUUCGUGCUUGGCAGCCAGUGAAAAUCGGCUCAAUUUUUAAUGAAAAAUUUUUAUUAUAUUUUAAAUUAAUAUAAAAAAAUAUUUUUUCUGUGAAGAUCAGGCGAAAGUUGUAGAUUUACCUGUCCCAGCUGAUUUUUCUAACUUCCCCCUCCGUGAGAGAACCAAAAAAUUUUGUUAGUUCACAGAGUGGUUAAUUUUGUUUUAACAAAUUUAUAUUAAAUUUUAUCGUGAGUUUUUUUUUUAAAAUUUAAAAAAUCCACAUUGUAAAAAUUGAGAAGUAAAAAUUUAAUUUAAUUUGUAAAAUUUAUAAUUUAAAAUGCAAGCUGUUUAAAAUUAAAUAUAAUUAGAGAUCAUUAUAAUAAUUAUUACUUAUAUAUCAAACAUUUUUUUCAUAAAAAAAUUAUAUCGAAAAUAUUUUUUUUGUGUGGUUUUUUGGGAAAUAAAUAAGGAUUUUUCAAUGGUUUUAUCACUCACGGAGAGAGGAGUAAACCAAAAAAUAAAUUAGAAAGAGAAUAUUUAAACGCAAAAUUUGUAUUUGAGCAGAAUGCGCGUGACAAAGUAAUGGUGUCUGCAAAGAUGAUCAUUAAUAAGGCUGUAGAAAUGAGGUAUAAAGCAAAAAAAGAAGAAAUUUCAAAGACAUUGGCUGAUAGAGAAGACGAUAUUUAUGUAUGGCAUGGCUCUAGUGCUGCUGCUUAUGAUAAUAUUGCAAAAAACGGGUUUGGCAUUGGUGGGGUGACUCCAGGGGUAGCAGUUAAGACAAAUACAGCCUUUGGGUAUGGAGUUUAUACAGCUACAGAUCCACAACUUUCGUUUUCUUAUGUUGUUGGAGACACUAUUUUGUGCUGUAAAGCUUUUAUAAAUUAGGCUGGGUAUUUAUAGCCCACAUAUCCAAAAGCACCACUUCGUGAAAUUAGCUCCAAAUGCUAAUUCACGGGGUAGUAGAGGUAUGUAGUAUCCACCUUAGCAAGAGCUAGGCAGAAACCUCCGGUUUUCGGUCGAGGAUUCUCCCCAUGCGGAUUUUCUGGAAUCUUCAACUCAAGCCUUCGCCUAUGUUGUACAGGUCUUGAGCCUAUAGUCAGAUCACCCUUCUCAUCAAGAUUUUAGACUGGAUAGACUCACCCUUGAGAAUCUUGUACAGUCUACCUUCCUCUUUCCUUGAUUUAUCUCAAGUCAAGAAUUCAAUGGCCUACACAAUUCAGGACUGGCCACAAAGCAGUUUAAUCAGUAAAUCGCCUGCUUCUAUCUGAGAUUCAACUUGAGGUGGGUGCUACUUUUAAAAAUAUUCAAAAAGAGCCCCUCGAGGUUAAUAAUGAGCAAGGCCUCUUACCUCAAAGCCAAUCUUAAGCAUCUCUUUUACACAAAAUAACACAUCCAGAUAUGCAUAAGGACAUUCCGCCACAGGAAGGAUUGGUUGCUCUUCAAAGACCAUUUUAUAUAUAAUUGUAAAGUUUUUAAAGGCAAUUUAGGGAACAAUACUGUAGCUGCAAAUCCAGCUGAUUUAAAUAACCCAAACCAGCAUGCUUAUCUGAAACUUCCAGAAGGCAUCCUUGUGCUGUUUUCUACAGACCAAAUUGUCCCAGUGUAUCUAAUUAAAUAUAGAAAUGCAUAA